AUGGAUGCUCAAACCGGAGGCGACUCGGCGUCACAAUCUCGAGGAGAUGGCGAUGCUGGUGCUCGAUUGUCUAACCCUGGAACGCCAUCAUCAGGCCAACCAAAAGUCCAGCAGCCUAAACCACAGGCUCUUCCGAAUCGAUCGGGUCCUUCAGCGAUUCUCGUGUCGACGCGACAGAAGGGCAAUCCGAUCUUGAACCAUAUUAAACUCCUACCAUGGGAGUAUGCCGAUAUUCCCGCUGAUUAUGUGAUUGGGACAACAACAUGUGCACUUUUUCUUUCACUUAAAUAUCACCGUCUCCACCCCGAAUACAUUUAUUCUCGAGUCCGACUCCUCGCGGGGAAGUACAACCUACGCAUUGUGCUAGUAAUGGUGGACAUUCCCAACCAUGAAGAUGCCCUCAAGGAGCUAUCGAAAACUUCCAUUAUCAAUAAUCUCACGCUGAUGCUUUGCUGGUCCGCCCCCGAAGCCGCACACUACCUCGAACUCUUCAAGUCCUCCGAAUACGCCCAACCCACCGCAAUUCGCACGCAACAAGCACAGUCCUACAAGGAGUCUUUGGUGGAAUUUGUCACUGCCCCGCGAAGCAUCAAUAAGUCAGAUGCGGCAAGCUUGAUAUCAACAUUCGGAAGCUUGCAGAAUGCCGUGAAUGCGCAGCCAGAGCAAAUCAGCUCCGUUCCAGGCUGGGGCGAGAAAAAGGUCCAACAAUGGUGCAAUGCCGUCCGCGAAGACUUUAGGGUGGAAACAACCAAGAAAGCGUCUGCUUCAACGCCCAACCCCCAGAAUAGACCAACGAGACUCUCGAGUGGGCUCGAUCAAAUGGCCAUGGAUGAAGAUGACGACGAAGCAGUCUUGCGAUCUGUGUUGGCCGAGAGCCGGCUCACGGCCGCCGCAUCUGCUCCAACUCAAAACCCCUCGAAGAGAAGCCUACCCGCCGAGGAGCUUGAUGAAGGUAUUGCGGCUGCACUGGCGAAGCUGCGAGAAUCUGGCGGAUGA